AUGCCCCUCUCAGGGGACAACUACCCCCGUGUGUCUUCUGGUCGUCCGGUGCCGUCCGGUUCCUAUCACCGCAGCUAUCCGAACCAUUAUCAUACACCCCAGCAACCAUCUGCUGACCCCGACCCAACGGACAGCAGUGCGACGGCUCCUAAGAAUGCGACCACACUGACGGUAUCGCGCGAAGGCGGUAAUCACUCCAGCCCUCUACUCUAUGGGAUAAUGUUUGAGGAAAUGGAUCAUUCAGGCGAUGGAGGUAUACACGGACAACUCCUCCAGAACAAUGGCUUCCAGGGCUCGACACUUGGGCUUACCGCGUAUAAACCUAUUGGUGAUGUGGAUAUUUCCAAUGACACGGUGUUUCCGGUCAGCAAGGCGAUCACCUCUUCCCUAACAGUUCAGGUACCCGAUGGCGAGACAAAAUACGUGGGUUUCGCCAAUACAGGCUACAAAGGGGUUCCGGUGGUGAACGCCACCUAUCAAAGUGAAUUCUGGAUGCUGGGCGAUUAUUCCGGCACGAUCAUUUUGCAGCUGGUCGGGUCGGAGAGCGGAGUUGUCUAUGCGUCUCACAACCUCACGGUAGAGAAUACUAGGGUGGAUUUCACCAGAUAUGAGACCAAGUUCAACUCCACCGCCUCUCCAGAUGGGAACAACGAAUGGCGCUUGCUAUUCGAUGGCUCGAAGGUCGCUGGGUCCUGGUUGAACUUUGGGCUGAUCCAACUAUUUCCUCCAACAUAUCAUUCUAGACAGAAUGGCCUUCGCGAUGACCUAGCUCGCACUGUCGAGGAAAUUAACCCCUCAUUCCUACGAUUCCCAGGAGGAAAUAACCUGGAAGGCCUUCAGAUCAGUAGCCGAUGGAUCUGGAAUCAGACUAUUGGGCCGGUGGUUGAUCGGCCAGGCAGAGAUAGUGAUUGGUGGUAUCCUAAUACCGAUGCUCUCGGUCUUGAUGAAUACCUAUGGUGGUGUGAAGAUGCAGGAAUGACUCCAAUUCUCGCAGUCUGGGAUGGUAAGUCAUAUGGCGGGAUUGUUUCUGGUCCGGAUCUCCAGCCAUAUCUCGACGAUAUCUUGGAUGAACUGGAGUACCUUCUUGGUCCUCCGAACAGCACCUACGGCAAGUUGCGAGCACAGAAUGGGCGUGAAGAUCCAUGGCAGAUUGGAUAUAUCGAGAUCGGAAAUGAAGACGAUCUGAGCGAUGGUUGCGACACGUAUCCCGACCGGUUUAUGCAAAUCUACAAUACAAUUCAUGAUCAAUACCCCAACGUCACCAUUAUCGUAUCCACUAUUGACGAAUCAUGCCUUCCCGAUACUAUACCCCCAGAUAUCAUCUACGAUUAUCAUUACUACCGCAUGCCAGACGACCUGGUUGCGAUGUUUAACAUAUGGGACAACCAGCCGCGGUCGCAACCGGUCAUCGUUGGUGAGUAUGGCUGUCGGAACACCAGCGAAGCGGACGGAGUAUUCUGGUCCUUCAUGCAAACCAGCUGCAGUGAAGCUGUCCAUAUGAUUGGUCUGGAGCGCAACAGUGACGUGGUAAAGAUGGCUGCCUACGCGCCUCUUUUACAGCAUAUUGGAUAUACACAGUGGUCGCCUACCCUGAUUGGAUUCGAUUCGAGUCCGGAAUCCAUUACACGAUCGACAUCAUUUUACGUGCAAAAGAUGUUCUCCACUAACCGCGGCACGACAAUACUCCCCGUCAAUUCAACGUCAGACUUUGGGCCGCUCUACUGGGGCGCAUCAAGAACGAACAGCACAUAUUAUGUGAAGCUGGCCAACUAUGGGGAGAACAACCAGACAGUCCAGGUGAAUGUGCCAGACACGAAAUCGGGGAUGCUGGAAAUGCUUUCGGGCCCCAAGGAAGCAUACAACACAGUCCAUAACAUUACCAUUGAGCCUACGGUCGACAAUAUCACGAGCUCUGACGGCAGCUAUUCUGUUGAAAUGGCCCCUUGGUCUGUUGCAGUUUUGGUUGUGUCGUAG